AUGCUACAGCUCGGUCGUCUUGGCGCUGGGCAUCUGCCAGUUUUCUUCGCCAUAGUCUUUAUUACAAACCUAGGAGCGACUUACGUCUCAGCUGUUUAUCACGGCGAUGUCGACCCGGUUUUUCCAUACAUUUCCGCGGCGGGUAACAAUCGACCUGAGAGCUGCUUCUUCAGCCUCCUGUUGAACCUAUCCAGCUUUCUGUCGAUGAUUGUUAUCUAUCUAAGAUAUUCGUUGGUCAAGGAAUUAAUUCGCGGCUCAGAUCAGAAAAUUGAACGGGCUAACGGGAUCGCCCUGUUUUUUGGAUUGGUCGGAGCGAUGGGUAUGAUGGUAGUGGCCAACUUUCAGGAGUCGGCAGUGAUCAAGAUUCAUUUGGGGGCCGCGGUCACCUGUUUCGGUUCCGGCGGACUUUAUAUGACGCUACAAUCGUACAUAACCCUGCGUAUGUACCCAAUCUUCAACAAUCGUCGCAUUGGCAUAAUUCGCGUACUGAUUAGUGUCUGGAGUUUGACGACAUUUUUCGUCGCCAUUGGAUUCGGGACUGCUGCUGCUAACAAGUUCCAUGAAUUCUACCCGGACCUCCCGACACCAAGGCCUUGGAAUCGUCACAUUUGGAUGCCAGGAUAUGAGCUACAUGUCGUUUCUGCAAUUGCUGAAUGGAUGAUGGCCGCCGGGCAUAUCGCCUUCAUUCUCUCAUUUUCGCGUGAAUUCGAGAAAAUCCGCGCAACGUUGAAGGUGGAAUCAUUGGUGGUCCAUCUGGAUAAUUCGCCAUUGUGGCGCAGUACAGAAGAUUUGUCGACUUUUGCCAGC